GGAAACCGAGUUGGCGGGAGCCCUGAGGCUGUCCAGGAGGCUGGUGGGGCUCUGGAUUCAUGGAGCCAGCUGAGGGGUCCAGUACAGAACUUUCGAAGGCCAUCAGACCUAUCGAUCGGAAGUCGGUUCAUCAGAUUUGUUCCGGGCAGGUGGUGCUGAGUCUGAGCACCGCUGUGAAAGAGUUGGUGGAAAACAGUGUGGAUGCUGGUGCCACUAGCGUUGAUCUAAGGCUUAAAGACUAUGGGGUGGAUCUCAUCGAAGUUUCAGACAAUGGAUGUGGGGUAGAAGAAGCAAACUUUGAAGGCUUAACUUUGAAACAUCAUACUUCUAAGAUUCAGGAGUUUGCUGAUCUCAUUCACGUUGAGACAUUUGGCUUUCGAGGGGAAGCCCUGAGCUCACUCUGUGCCCUGAGUGAUGUAACCAUUUCCACCUGUCACUCAUCUGCAAAGGUUGGGACUCGAUUGGUGUUUGAUCACAAUGGGAAGGUUGUUCAGAAAACCCCUUUCCCACGACCAAGAGGGACCACGGUUACUGUGCAGCAGCUGUUUUACCCGCUACCUGUGCGCCACAAGGAGUUUCAGAGGAAUAUUAAAAAGGAGUAUGCCAAAAUGGUCCAGGUGCUGCAGGCCUACUGCGUCAUCUCAGCAGGCGUCCGCAUCAGCUGCUCCAACCAGGUCGGCCAAGGGAAGCGGCAGCCGGUGGUUUGCACCAGCGGGAGCGGCAGCAUGAAGGAAAACAUCGGGUCCGUGUUUGGGCAGAAGCAGCUGCAGAGCCUCCUUCCUUUCGUUCAGCGGCCCCCCAGCGAACCUGUGUGUGAAGAGUAUGGCCUUCGCUGGCCCGCAGCGCGGCCGAAUCUCUUUUGCAUCUCCGGUUUCAUCUCAAAGUGUACCCAUGGCAUUGGGAGGAGCUCAACUGAGAGACAGUUUUUCUUUAUCAAUGGACGGCCUUGUGACCCAGCAAAGGUCUCCAGACUGGUGAAUGAGGUCUAUCACCUGUACAACCGGCACCAGUACCCGUUUGUGGCCCUUAACAUUUCCGUUGACUCAGAGUGUGUCGAUAUUAACGUUACUCCGGAUAAGAGGCAAAUUUUACUACAAGAAGAGAAGCUUUUGUUGGCAAUUUUAAAGACUUCUUUGACUAGGAUGUUUGAUAGUGAUGAAAACAAACUUAAUGUCAAUCAUCAGCCACUGCUGAAUAUUGAAGGGAACGUCAUGAAAAUGCCCUCCGCAGCCAUGGAGAAAUCACCCCCAGAGAGGCAGGAGAGCCCUGCUUUGUUCCGGACACAAGGAGAAGAAAAACGGGCAGUGACCGUGUCCAGACUGAGAGAGGCUUUUUCUCUCCAGCACCCAGCAGGGUACCGGCCUCAGGGCCUGCAGACUGCUGAGCUGAAGCAGGGUUUUCCUGGACCAAGAACAAGGGGAUUGUUGUCCAGUACCUCAGACAGCCCGCAGCUCCAGCAGCCUGUCUCUGGCAGGGGCAUGUGUAGCUCUCAGAAUGAGGGGGUGUGUCCAGGCCAGGGCCCCUGUGACCAGAGGGACAAAGUGGACAUGGAGAAGGACUCGGGGCAGGGCAGCACCUCUGUGAGCUCAGAGGCAGGGGACAGCACCCCAGAGACGGGCAGCCAUCUCAGCAGUGACUGGGCCACCAGCUCCUCAGAAGGCAGAGCGUCACAGGAGAGCAUGGAUCCCUGUGAGAAGUCCCCUGAACUGGCCUGCCCUUUCUCAGCUGUGGAAUGCCACGGAGGCCAGGACGGCGCUGGACACACCUGUAGGCCUGUGUCUCCGCCAACUAACAGCCCACCCUCAAAGGUAAAGCGCUUCAAAAAAGAAGAAACUGCCUCAAACCGUGGCAUCCCUCAGAAGCUGGUGAAGCCUCAGAACAGGCCGGCCUCUCUGGUGGAUGUCGCCAUUAAGAUCAGGAAGAAAAUCGUGUCCCUUCCCUUCUCCAUGAGCACUUUGGUGAAGCAGGUCACGUGGCUACAUCAGCAAGGGCAGGACAAGGAAGACGAACAGAAGUACCGGAGAUUCAGGGCGAAGAUCUGUCCCGGAGAGAACCAAGCCGCAGAGGACGAGCUGCGAAAAGAGAUCAGUAAAACCAUGUUUGCAGAAAUGGAGAUCAUCGGUCAGUUCAACCUGGGCUUCAUUAUCACCAGACUGGGUGCAGACCUCUUCAUCGUGGACCAGCACGCCACUGACGAGAAGUACAACUUUGAGAUGUUGCAACAGCACACCACCCUCCAGGGCCAGAGGCUCAUCGCACCGCAGACGCUCAAUCUGACGGCCGUCAACGAGGCUGUUCUGAUGGAAAACCUGGACAUUUUCAGAAAGAAUGGCUUUGACUUCCUCAUUAAUGAGGAUGCGCCGGUCACUGAGAGAGUUAGGUUGGUCUCUCUGCCCACGAGUAAGAACUGGACCUUCGGGCCCCAGGACAUAGAGGAGCUGAUCUUCAUGCUGAGCGACUGCCCGGGGGUCAUGUGCAGGCCUUCUCGAGUCCGGCAGAUGUUUGCCUCCCGCGCCUGCCGAAAGUCGGUGAUGAUUGGAACGGCUCUGAGCAGCGGGGAGAUGAAGAAGCUCAUCAGCCACAUGGGCGAGAUGGACCACCCCUGGAACUGCCCACACGGGAGACCCACCAUGAGGCACAUCGCCAACCUGGACAUCCUGUCCCAGCACUGACCGCCCGUUGGUUUCAAAAUUAGCUUGCUCCUCUAAACAAAAAAAGAAAAGAUCCCGGAUCCCGGUAAACAUUUUAUCGUGAGGACCUUUCCACAGCAGCGCGGCACGGCUGCAGCCUCUUUCGUUCUGAAUGUGCGGGCAUGUGCAGCCAGUCAAGGACACAGUGUGAGAUAAGGCCCAGGAACAGCCCCUCCCAGGCCACCACUCUGGUCAGAUGUAAUUGAGUCUCAGCUUUCAGCCUUUCUUAAUAAUUAAAGCUUGCCUUGGUCUAAUUUUGUGAAUUUAAA